AAAAAUAAAAAAAUAAAAAACAUAUAGAGUAUCACGACCACAUCUUCCUAGACAAGCAACGUCAGGGGCAUUGACACUUGGACAUUAUCAUGGACACGGACAUGUAAGCCACCAUCCUGUCCUUGUUGGCUCGCCCAUGUCAUCCGAGAUUGACUUACCAGGUAGUGGUGGUGGUGCUGUCUUUGUCAGCUCACCAGUCUCCUCAAUAUUGGAUGGCAAAGAAGGCAACAACCAUAGCAUGACCAUGGAAAGUUCUGACAGACCCGAUCCAUCCCCUAUCCAGAAACUACCUAAUGCUACUUCAACAAACGACGCUAUGUCAGGGCACCUGAGCCCUCAAUGGAGACCAUCUUCUAUCCAUUCUUUUUCAUCCGCAGCCUCCUCACCGUCUUCGCCCUCUAACUGCCAACCGAAGCGAGGCGCUACUUGGAUGACAGCUCGAGAAUCGCCGUCAAGUUUAGGUGGACGGGAUGAUGGGUUGCUAUUAGACCAGAAGAAUGUGAUUAAGGAAGAAGAUGAGGAAGAAGAUGAAGAAGACGAGACAGAGCACGGUGUUGGGGCGGAUACAGAUGGAGAUCAUUUCGAGCUGGCAAGGAUGAUCAGCCACGAAAGCAACUAUGUUGAUGCGCCGAGCUUGAUGCAACAAGACCAAGCAAUUACGACAAUAACAACAUCAACAUCAGCAGCUGGUCGGAAGAGUUCAGAGGUGAAUGAAACUUCUGACCCCUCAUCAGAGAAAGCAGCUAAAUGUCUAAAUGUCUCUGUAUCGCUGCCGCAGCAGGCAUCAUCCUCUUCGACCCCAACAGCAGCGACAACAGAAAAGGAACCAUUUUCAACGACCCUCGACAAAGCUAGCACACGAUUCGGUCGAGCGCUCUUAAAUAGAAACCUUACUGGACUCAAGAGACAUGGUGACAUGCCUCUACAACCUAUUGGAUCGAUUUGUUCGAUUGACAAAGAUUGUCAGGGAUCGCUUCGACAUCGUUCAAGCGACGCUGAAAUAGGUAUUCACCAAGGGCCUCCCAAGGUUGGGAAACAUGUUCGAUUUUUGACCAAGGUCCAGUAUCAUAUUGCAGGGGGUUCGACCCGUCAAUCAACUCGGCUAUGGACGGAUGCAAUUGUAAAACAGGACCGGAUGUUGGCUCGUAGGGAAGUGACGCAACGACCAGGACCUCAUGUGUUCAAUUCAGACACAGCUCGCCGUCUGGAACGACAGAGCCAAGGAUGGAAAGAAUGGUGGUGCGUAAUGAAAGGGCCCUCUUUGAGUUCCGUUGUAAUAGCUGAUAAUAAGAGGGAAAAGGUUUCAAAAAUUAAGAGAAAACGGUCCAAGAAAAGGAUGGAGCGAGUAGAAAAGGGUCGACUGGAGUUUUACUAUAACCAUAAAAAAAUCAAGGACACCGUCAUUCUAUCUUCUUGUACAGCCGUUUCUGUGUACUCAUCUCUGGAUUACUCGAUUGCAGUAACACAAAACUAUCCAGAAGCUAUUGGGUUAACGGUCUAUAUCCUUCGUCCCCGGACCAUUUCAUUGGCCUGUGCAUGGUAUAUGGAAAUCUACACAUUACUCAAUGGUACAGCACCGAUUCCCAAAUUUAUCGAGCUUGCAGUCCCGGAUUUUGAUGUCAAGAUCAGAGUCCCUAUCCCUGAAGAUUCUGAAACAGAGACAGACGACGACGAUAAUGAUGAUGAAGGCACAGAUAAUGAAGAAAGCGAAACUUCUUUAAGUUAUACAUUACCAAUACAAGGCCCAAGAAGAGAACCUCUACCAUUGCCUUCUUCUAUUUCCUCACGACCUGGAAUCACAGAAGGUCCUAAUACUGCUGAUAGAAAUGCUGAUGAUGAAACAGGAGAGGCGCCUUUAAACAGCUUCAAGACUGUGAUGUCCAGUUUCCCGGAUCGGAAUACCAACAGCAACAAUAACAUUAAUGACAUUAAUCCCAGGAUGGCGACGAGGACAUUUUAUUUAACCAACGAUAGAGCUAAACCACAGUUGGUAGCACCAAAUCAAGUGACGCCGAAAUUAUUGAGAUCUCAUGCUCUGUCACUUUUGAAGGAUGUUCCUGAUUGGGCUGAAGUUGUCAGGAUGUGGCAAGAUCCUACACAACAUGGAGACGUGGCUCUCUGCUGGAAACGAUAUGAUCGGAUUGAAUGGAUCUAUUGGGGAGGGCAAAACGAACAUCGAGUCUUACCAGAGACGGAUGAUCUUCAUCUUAGAAAAGAUCAUAUUGGAUUUGCAGAUGGGUCUGAUUGGUCCGGAGGGAUGGAUGAAACCGUUGUAGGGCCUCAAAUCCUGGACAAGACUCAUGUGCUGGAACUGAGGCCGAUUACACAUUAUCCCAGCAGGGCUCGUAUUCCAGCAUGUGAAGGAGGAACAUUUGGUGGAGAAUUGCAUGAACCUGAUCCGAUCGAAGGUUAUUUGGUCCGCGUCAGUGCAUUUUCAGGGAAUCCUCUUCGACGCUUCCGCCGAUUGUAUUUGACCUCUCAUGACCAUAUGCUGUUCUAUACGAUCCCAUCUGAAUCCCACAGCCCGACCAUGUCUCACGCUUUAGCAGGAGGAGCAGGAGAGGCAGCCAUCGAUCCAGCAGCCCUUCUGUUCUGUAUUACACCUCAUCGAUCUGUCAACCCGGAUCAUAAGGAUAUGGCGCAGAGUCGAUCCGUACGACGGUUGAAAGCUCAAGUGCGUGCAGCAAAAGGGUUUAUUGAUCUAACAAAAGUCGACAACGUCAGAGUCCUGACAAUUCGAGAGUGGGAAGCAGUACGGCAUUUGCCUUAUCAAAAAGACAAAGAAAACAAGCAAAUGGAGAAAGAGAAGCAAGGGAAGAUCGAAAGAUUAGGUAAAGCUGUUAAGCAUGCAGUGGAGGAAGUUAAGGAGGCCAGGGACAGAACUCUAGAAGCACGAUCAUCACAAGAUCAGCAACAGCGGGAUCAGCAGCAACCGCAAGUGAUUUUGAGAGAACCCGAUAAUUAUUUUUUCCCAACGACUGUGACUGAACCUGUCGAUAAUUCGGAGCCUGGACCGUCAUCAUCACGGCAAUCACAACAAAAAAAUGAGGGGGAUAAUGUUACCAAUGGCAAGCACCUAGACUCAUCUGAACCUAUGUCUAAUUCUCUGGAUCAGAAAACGAGCACUGCUGCAUCAUCAAUUGCAGCCAAGAGUAAAGCAUCUUCCCAAUCAUUUAAAGAAAACUUGCACAAAUCAGCUACUUUCGUAGCAGACAAGCUCCUUCUUAAUCAUGGUGGCGAUAGCGAUGAUUUAUAUUUGGAUGAAGACAGCAAUGUGUUUGAGAUUGAGAUGCAAAACGGACCCUGUGUUCGCUUCCGGGCGUUCAAUGCGGAGGCAGCACAUCUAUGGUGCCAACAAGUUCAGAAGCUUGCAGAAUAUUGGAGGUUACGACGCCAUUUAGAUAUCAAGGAUCAUAUGCAUGUGGCCCAAGCCAACUGCCAACUAGCAUCCAGUAUGGAUGAUGAUGAGAAGCAGUUAGGAGGAGCCAGUGUAGUCGAAGCAGGAGGGGAUAUGAUCAAGGACUGGGAUAAUGAUCGGGCAAUGGCAUCACCCCAUAUUUGGAAUUGGUGCGUCGUGAAUGGAUGUCGAUCAGUGACAAAGUCCGGGAUGGUGUACUUCAAGCCAAAACUGCAUAGAACGUUCCGCAAAAUGUUCUUGGUCUUGACAGAGGGAUUUCUUAUGCUAUUUCAUCCUCAUCGACGAUCCACGACCUCUGGUCGUCUGAUCCCGACAACAGCGAACAAGUUAUAUGCGAUACAUUCAUUGACAGAUAUCUAUGUCUAUUCGGGACACUUUUCAGAUGGAGACACAGCUCAUGGAACCAACGAUGAAUCUGAGCGAUUACCAAGAUUCUUCCCUGAUGGAUUGAUUGCAGACGAUCCGGACGAAGAUUGCACUUUUUCGAUUUGGAGAGGCAAGAGGAAAAAGAUGUUUUCUAGACGAGGUGCAGUAGCAGCAAGCAAAACGACAAUGAUGUCUCCGAAAUCAGUCAAUGGAUCAUCGUCUAAGGUUUUUAGCAAAAUUGGAUGGUUAUCCAAUCUGGUAAAAGAUGGAGUUGUUUAUGGAAGUAAUCCACAGAGCUGUAGUGUCUUCCGAGCGAGAUCACGUCCGGAUUUGGAGGAGUGGGUCUAUGCGAUCAAUACAGAGAUUGAACGAUGCGUUCGAGCAGAACGGCGAAGGGUCCGACAUCGUUUGAGAUGAUCGGAGAACAGUACGUACAACAUAAUACAAUGCAAUAUUUACAAUCCAAUCAAAUCCAAUCCAAUUAAAUCCAAUCCAAUCCACGAUAUUGUAUUUUUUUU